AAGAAACCAGGAUGGAGAUUUGGUGGUGUCGACUUUUUGUUUUGGUCAUCGUCGCCGCCGUGCAAGCUAGAGGAGAUCCAGGAGUUCCGGACACUCCCUGCGAAGAUCGUUUGCCUAAUGUCGCAACUUGCAGUGAAGGUGCAAGUGAGGCAUGGUACUUUGACUUGGAAGAAAAAGUUUGCAGAUCCAUUAUCGGUUGUAACUACAGUACUAAUUACUUCGAAAAUAGUACAGAGUGCGAGAGCGUCUGCACUCCGGAUAAAUACUGUCUUCUAGAGAAACCACAGGAACCUGUAGAUGCGUGCGUUGAUCCAGAGAAGAAAACGGAACCGAAUUUGGAUAACCAGAAAAAUUCUUCUCUGUGGUAUUUUGAUAAAAAGCUCCGAAAAUGCGUCGAAACCGACGAGCUUUCAAGAAACACCUUUCCCUCGCAACGACACUGCCAGGCAUCGUGCGCAAAAUAUUCUGUGUGUUACGCUGAAGAAAGUGCAUGGAAUCAAAGACGGUGCAACCCAGAGUUAGUAUGGUAUUUCGACCCUAUCAGGAAAGAUUGUUUUUAUGGAAAACGCUGCGGUAAUUCAACAAACCGUUUCGCGACACGUGAGGAUUGUCUUAGAGAGUGCCCAUACGCGGGUGAGAUACCUGAAUGCCACUUGGAAAAAGAUUAUGGUAGCUCUUGUCCUCCAGCUGAAUCCGGUCGCGAAUGGGGUGGGUCAUGGAAAGCGUUCCCACUCGCUCGUGCCAGUCUGAGAUGGUACUACGACUACGUCGACGGAGUGUGUAGGGCAUUCAUCUACCAAGGAUGCGGCGGGAAUGAAAACAACUUUCCAACGAAAAGAACCUGCAAUGCAAUUUGUAGGCACCGCACCAGCGUCAUCACAGGUACUGCUUAAUCUGCACUCAAAGAAAGGAAAUUCCACGUCAAGUUUCCUGUCACAUCUACGAAAGGCCACGCGUGGCCAGGGGGAGGCACGACAUUAUGUACUAUUUGGUCUAGAGUAGACCACUCAAAUAAAACUUCAUGUCUACAACCAAA